CGGCGUACAGAGCGGUGUGAUCCUGCGAGGUGAAGCGAAGGAGAGCGAGCGCCGCCGAGUCGAGUCGAGCCGAGACGAGAGGCGAGAAGCGGCGCGCGUCCGUCCCCAUCCAUCCCCCGCCGCCUCCAUUUCCGAUCUCCCCGUCUCGAAACGUUCCUCGGCGCCAUCGGGGUGAAGAGCACGAGCUUCGGCGAAGAGUGAGAUAAGUAACUGCCCACCUGCGCGGAGGCGGGCAUUCCUUCCCACAAAGCCGGGCAAUGUCGGCGGCGCAAGGCCUCGCUCUGAAGCUCCGCGCGGCUCCCGCGCCGGGCGGACGGAGGGUGCUUCGUGGCCGGACGACGGUGAGAGCGGCGGGAGCAGCGUAUGGCGGGGCGCUGCAGCAUCGCGGCUGCGGCGGCGUGUCGCUGGAGGCCGAGUGGUUUCUCCGCGGCGCGCCGCUCCCCGCCGCCCAGGAGCGCACCCGCGUGGUGCCGCGUGCGGCGGCUGCGGCGUCGGGGGAGGUCAGGUCGAUGUCGAAGAUCCCGGGGAGCAGCAUUGGGCUCUACGACCCGUCGUUCGAGCGCGACUCCUGCGGCGUGGGCUUCAUCGCCGAACUCUCCGCCGAGCCCAGCCGCAAAACUGUCGACGAUGCCGUCGAGAUGCUCGAGAGAAUGUCUCACCGUGGCGCCUGCGGCUGCGAGAAAAACACUGGCGAUGGUGCAGGCAUCCUUGUUGCGCUGCCGCACGACUUCUUCAGACAGAUCACCAAGGACUCUGGCUUUGAGAUUCCGCAGCCGGGUGAGUACGCCGUAGGAAUGUUCUUCAUGCCCACUGAUGAGGAGCGCCGUGAGAAGAGCAGGCUUGUGUUUCAUGAGAUAGCGAAGUUGCUGGGGCAUGCAGUUCUCGGUUGGCGUCGGGUUCCCACGGACAACUCGGACUUGGGAAAAUCGGCGCUUGAUACUGAACCAGUGAUUGAGCAAGUGUUUGUGUCCAAGAGUUCAUGUUCCAAGGCUGAUUUUGAGCAGCAGAUGUACAUCCUACGGAGGUUGUCAAUCAAGUCCAUCCGAAAAGCUUUGGGUCUCCAGCGUGGAGGACCAAAGGAUUUCUAUAUGUGCUCUCUAUCUUCAAGGACUGUAGUUUACAAGGGUCAGCUUAAGCCGAGUCAACUUAAGGGUUUCUUCUUUGCAGACUUGGGUGACGAAAGCUUCACAAGUUACAUGGCUCUGGUCCACUCAAGAUUCAGCACGAACACCUUUCCAAGCUGGGAUCGCGCGCAGCCAAUGCGUGUUUUGGGACAUAACGGCGAGAUCAAUACCCUUCGAGGGAACAAGAACUGGAUGAAAGCACGUGAAGGUCUCUUGAAGUGCAAGGGACUUGGUCUAUCAAGGGAUGCAAUGUCAAAACUUCUGCCUAUAGUGGAUGCUACCUCUUCAGAUUCAGGUGCAUUUGAUAACGUUCUUGAGCUCCUAAUCCGUUCUGGAAGAAGCUUGCCAGAAGCUGUCAUGAUGAUGAUCCCUGAGGCGUGGCAGAAUGAUGUAAACAUGGACCCUGAGAGAAAAGCUUUAUAUGAGUUCUUUUCAGCCCUUAUGGAGCCCUGGGAUGGACCGGCUCUAGUAUCAUUUACUGAUGGCCGUUACCUUGGUGCUACCCUGGAUCGCAAUGGUUUGAGGCCUGGCCGUUUUUAUGUGACCAACAGUGGCCGUGUAAUCAUGGCUAGUGAAGUUGGCGUGGUUGACGUCCCUAAUGAAGAUAUAGUGAGGAAGGGUAGGCUAAACCCUGGUAUGAUGCUUUUAGUUGAUUUUGAGAACCAUUGUGUUGUGGAUGAUGAUGCAUUGAAGAAACAAUACUCCAAUGCUCGCCCAUACGGAGAGUGGUUAGAGAGACAACAGAUACAACUUACGGAUAUUAUAGAAUCUGUACCUGAAACCAAGAGAGUUGCUCCAAGGAUUUCUAGCGCACUUCCACAAAGGAAUGAUAAGAAGGAAGCUGUGGGUAUCCAUGGAAUUUUGGCUCCACUGAAGGCCUUUGGGUACACGGUAGAAGCCCUGGAAAUGCUGUUGCUCCCAAUGGCCAAAAAUGGAUUAGAAGCUCUAGGAUCAAUGGGAAACGAUACCCCACUUGCUGUGAUGUCAAACAGAGAGAAACUGACGUAUGAAUACUUCAAGCAGAUGUUUGCGCAGGUUACAAAUCCGCCAAUUGAUCCAAUCAGAGAAAAAAUUGUCACAUCUAUGGAGUGUAUGAUUGGUCCAGAAGGUGACAUAUCUGAAACAACAGAACAGCAGUGUCAUCGCUUGAAACUUAAAGGUCCUUUACUGCAUAUUGAUGAAAUGGAGGCUAUUAAAAAGAUGAAUUUCCGUGGUUGGCGCAGCAAGGUGCUUGACAUAACUUAUCCUAAAAAGUAUGGCAGGAAAGGUCUAGAACAUACCUUGGAUAAAAUUUGCGAGCAAGCGCAUGCAGCUAUUCAUGAGGGAUACACUAUUUUAGUUCUCUCUGAUAGAGGGUUCUCUCCGGAUCGUGUACCUGUCAGCUCCCUAUUGGCAGUUGGAGCUGUUCAUCAGCAUCUUGUCUCAAAUCUUGAGAGGACACGCAUAGGGUUGUUGGUUGAUUCUGCUGAACCUCGUGAAGUACACCAUUUUUGUACCCUUAUUGGAUUUGGUGCAGAUGCUAUAUGCCCUUAUUUGGCUAUAGAAGCGAUACGGCAGUUGCAGAUUGAUGGGAAGAUUCCUCCUAAUGAUGAUGGGCAGUCAUAUACACAAGAACAACUCACUAAGAAGUAUUUCAAUGCUUCUAACUAUGGAAUAAUGAAAGUUCUUGCAAAGAUGGGAAUAUCCACCCUGGCAUCUUACAAAGGUGCUCAGAUUUUUGAGGCUCUUGGUCUUGCUUCAGAAGUGGUUAGCAAGUGUUUUGAAGGUACCCCUAGUAGAGUCGAGGGUGCGACAUUUGAAAUGCUUGCACAAGAUGCUCUUUGUCUUCAUGAGUUGGCGUUCCCGUCAAGAACUUUACCACCUGGAAGUGCAGAUGCGAAUUCUCUUCCCAACCCUGGAGAUUACCACUGGAGGAAAAAUGGAGAAAUACACCUUAAUGAUCCUAUCGCUAUUGCAAAAUUACAAGAAGCAGCUAGAAUUAACAGCAGGGAAGCAUACAAAGAAUAUUCUAGAUGUAUUCAGGAGCUGAAUAAGUCUUGUACUUUGCGUGGUAUGCUGAAGUUUAGAGAAAUUCCGCUCAGAAUUUCCUUGGACGAGGUUGAACCUGCAAGUGAGAUAGUGAAGCGAUUUUGUACCGGAGCAAUGAGUUAUGGAUCCAUUUCCUGGGAAGCUCAUACUACCCUUGCUGAGGCCAUGAACAUAAUGGAAGGAAAAUCUAAUACAGGCGAGGGAGGGGAACAACCAUCUCGCAUGGAGCCUCUUCCUGACGGUUCGAUGAAUCCAAGAAUAAGUGCAAUCAAGCAAGUUGCAAGUGGAAGAUUUGGAGUUUCUAUCUAUUAUCUGACCAAUGCAGUUGAGCUGCAGAUAAAAAUGGCUCAGGGUGCUAAACCUGGUGAAGGCGGCGAGCUCCCUGGUCACAAGGUUAUCGGGGACAUUGCAGUUACAAGACAUUCUACAGCUGGUGUAGGACUUAUUAGCCCACCUCCACACCAUGAUAUAUAUUCCAUUGAGGAUCUCGCACAACUUAUCUAUGACCUUAAGAAUUCAAACCCAGGAGCCAGAAUCAGUGUCAAACUAGUUUCUGAGGCUGGUGUAGGAGUUGUCGCUAGUGGAGUCGUGAAAGGACAUGCAGACCAUAUUCUCAUCUCUGGGCAUGAUGGAGGCACAGGGGCUUCUAGAUGGACAGGAAUUAAAAAUGCUGGACUUCCAUGGGAGCUUGGAUUAGCUGAGACACAUCAGACUCUAGUGGCAAAUGGACUCCGUGGCCGAACUGUUCUUCAGACAGAUGGACAGUUGAAAAUUGGCAGAGAUGUUGUCAUUGCUUGUUUACUUGGAGCAGAGGAAUUUGGAUUCAGUACAGCCCCAUUAAUUGCACUUGGUUGCAUUAUGAUGAGGAAGUGUCAUACCAACACUUGUCCUGUUGGUAUUGCUACACAAGAUCCAGUACUCCGAGAAAAGUUUGCCGGAAAGCCAGAGCAUGUCAUAAACUUCUUCUUCAUGCUUGCCGAGGAGGUACGAGAAAUCAUGUCUCAGCUUGGUUUCCGCAAGAUUGAUGAAAUGGUUGGGCGAUCAGAUAUGCUUGAGGUUGAUCCAGAUGCACUGAAGGGCAACGAGAAACUCAAGAACAUUGAUCUCUCACUGAUUCUGAAACCAGCUGCUGAAAUUAUCCCAGGGGCUGUUCAAUAUUGUGUUGAGAAACAAGAUCACGGCCUUGAUAUGUCAUUAGAUAACCAACUCAUAGCCUCCUCAAGAGCUGCCCUUGAGAAAGGCUUUCGUGUUUUCACUGAGACAGCAGUCAAGAACACGAACCGAGCUGUUGGCACUAUGCUCAGUCACGAAGUAACAAAACUAUAUCGUAUGCAUGGUCUGCCUUCAGAUACUAUCCAUGUUAAGCUCAAUGGAAGCGCUGGUCAAAGUUUUGGAGCUUUUCUCUGUCCUGGAAUCACUCUUGAGCUUGAAGGAGACAGCAAUGAUUAUGUUGGUAAAGGAUUAUCUGGUGGGAAGAUCGUUGUGUACCCACCCAGAAACAGUCGAUUUAUUCCGCAGGACAAUAUUGUGAUUGGUAAUGUGGCUCUGUAUGGUUCUACAAAGGGAGAGGCAUAUUUUAAUGGUAUGGCAGCAGAAAGGUUUUGUGUCCGCAAUUCAGGUGCUCAAGCAGUAGUCGAAGGAAUUGGGGAUCAUGGAUGCGAGUACAUGACAGGAGGCAUUGCUGUUAUUCUGGGAAAAACUGGUAGAAACUUUGCUGCUGGCAUGAGUGGGGGUAUUGCUUAUGUUUAUGAUGUGGAUGGGAUGUUCAGUACUCGCUGCAAUUGUGAGUUAGUUGACCUGUAUAGUGUAGUCGAAGAAGAUGACAUUGUAACAUUGAGGAUGAUGAUAGAACAGCAUCGACUCAACACAGAAAGUGUUUUGGCCAAAGAUAUACUAUCUAAUUUUGAGGGUCUUCUUCCGAAAUUUGUAAAAGUAUUUCCAAGAGAUUACAAGCGGGUUUUGGAGAAUCUGAAGGCGGAAAAUGCUGCUAAAGAAGCAGAGCAAAAAACGAUUAAAGUGGGGGUGGAUAAGAAGGCAGGUGAAGCAAUUAAAGCUCCAGAUGGUAUUUCAGUAACUACAAAGAAAGUGAAGGACAGAAAGUCAUCAAGUCGACCAACACAAGUUUCCGAUGCUAAAAAGGAUCGAGGUUUUGUAACUUAUGAGCGAGAGGGGAUUUCUUAUAGAGAUGCAAAUGAGCGUGUUAAAGAUUGGAAUGAAGUUACAAAUGAAUUGGUUCCUGGGCCACUACUAAACACACAAUCCGCUCGAUGCAUGAGUUGCAGCACUCCUUUCUGUCAUCAGGAAAGUUUUGGUGCUGGCUGUCCUCUUGGAAAUAAGAUCCCUGAAUUCAAUGAAUUAGUUCAUCAAAACAGAUGGCGUGAAGCCUUGGAUCGCCUACUUGAGACUAACAACUUCCCUGAGUUCACUGGACGAGUUUGUCCUGCUCCUUGUGAGGGUUCAUGCGUACUUGGCAUUAUAGAGAAUCCCGUAUCUAUAAAAAGCAUAGAAUGUGCCAUCAUAGACAAAGGCUUCAAAGAGGGUUGGAUGGUACCACGUCCCCCACUUAAGAGAACAGGAAAGAAAGUUGCUAUUGUUGGCAGUGGCCCAGCUGGUCUAGCUGCAGCAGAUCAACUGAACAAGAUGGGCCAUUUUGCUACUGUGUUUGAACGUGCUGACCGUAUUGGAGGCCUGAUGAUGUAUGGAGUUCCAAACAUGAAGGCAGACAAAGCUGGCAUCGUUCAGCGCCGUGUUGAUUUAAUGGCUGAGGAGGGGAUUACAUUUGUUGUGAAUGCCCAUGUUGGAACUGAUCCUUUGUAUUCUAUUGAGCGGCUCCUAUCUGAGAAUGAUGCAGUUAUUUUGGCUUGUGGGGCUACAAGGCCAAGAGAUCUCCCUAUUCCUGGACGUGAAUUGUCAGGCAUCCAUUUUGCUAUGGAAUUUCUUCAUGCCAAUACCAAAAGUUUACUUGACAGUAACUUAGAGGACGGUAACUACAUAUCCGCUAGAGGGAAAAAAGUGGUUGUAAUUGGCGGUGGAGACACAGGUACAGAUUGCAUUGGGACAUCCAUUAGGCAUGGUUGCAGCAACCUUGUAAAUCUUGAACUUCUACCGGAACCACCAAGAGAGAGGGCACCUGACAACCCGUGGCCACAGUGGCCAAAGAUCUUCCGUAUUGACUAUGGGCACCAGGAAGCAGCUAGCAAGUUUGGAAAAGAUCCAAGAACUUAUCAAAUCCUCACAAAAUGUUUUAUUGGAGAUGGAAAUGGAAAAGUGAAGGCCCUUGAGGUAGUACGUGUUGAAUGGGGCAAAGUGGAUGGAAGGUUUCAAUUCAAGGAGAUUGAAGGAUCACAAGAAAUUAUCGAGGCAGAUCUUGUCCUCUUAGCUAUGGGAUUCCUGGGUCCUGAAGCGGAUAUUGCUGAGAAACUGGGUUUAGAGCAAGACAAGCGAUCAAACUUCAAAGCUCAGUUUGGAAACUUUGCUACUAAUGUGGAAGGUGUGUUUGCUGCUGGAGACUGCAGACGUGGGCAAUCACUAGUCGUUUGGGCAAUCUCAGAGGGGCGGGAAGCUGCAGUAGAAGUAGACAAGUUCCUGUCAAGAGAUAAAAUGAAUGCUACGGAGGACAUUGCAGCCCCAAGUCCAAGCGAAAGUCUUGUUCAACCCGUAGCUGCAUAAACAAAGUUAGCAUUUCUAUAACUUUUUGGUAGAUUUGUGUUUUCCUUUCUGCGCUGAGAAAAGAAAAUGACGAUUUUAAUUGUAAAAAGUAAAAGAGAGGGCUCAAUUAUUAGAAAGAAAGGAGAGCCUGUGCUGUUAUAUAUUAGGUUGACAGCAGUAGGAAAUUCUUUUGGUGCAACUUGGUGUUCUUUUCCCGUUUCUUCUUGUGAAGAAAUGACGGAUUUGUAAAUUUAGGAAUAAUGUAUAUCUUACAGAAGGGAAAUUGUUGACAGUAAUUUGUAAAACUAUAUUUCUCUUUUGUCU